ACUGCAAGAGGAUUGAGCUGCUAGACAUUGUGUUCGUGCUGGAUCAUUCCGGUAGCAUAAGCUCACAACAGCAAGAAAGCAUGAUUAACCUCACCAUCCACUUGGUGAAGAAGGCAGAUGUUGGCAAGGACCGUGUUCAGUUUGGAGCUCUCAAGUACUCUGACAAUCCUGAGAUUCUCUUCUAUCUGAACACGUACUCAAGCAGAUCAGCCAUCAUUGAGCACCUGAGGAGGCACAGGGACACCUCAGGGAGGACCUACACUGCCAAGGCUCUCAAGCACCCGGACAUCCUGUUCACAGAAGAGCACAGCAGCCACCUGAAACAAAAUGUGAGGCAGAUGCUGAUUGUUAUCACAGAUGGUGUGUCCCACGACAGAGAUGAACUCAAUGUCACAACACUGAAACUAAGGAACAAAGGCAUCAUCAUCUUCGCAGUGGGUGUAAGAGAUGCCAACCAAGAGGAACUGGAGAUUAUGGCAGGGAAUAAAGAAAACACUAUCCUCGUAGACAAUUUUGACAAACUGAAGGAUAUUUACCUGCCUCUGCAAGAAAGUAUGUGCAACAAUGCACAGGAGGUGUGUAACCUUCAGGAGGCCGAUGUGAUUUUCCUUUGUGAUGGCUCUGAUAUGGCGUCCGAUUCAGAGUUUGUUACCAUGACAACUUUCUUGUCAGACUUAAUUGAUAAUUUUGACAUCCAGUCUCAGAGAAUGAAAAUCGGGAUGGCUCAGUAUGGGAGCCGCUAUCAGGAAAUUAUUGAGUUGGAAAACUCUUUGAACAAGACCCAGUGGAAGUCACAGAUUCGGACUGUGGCCAAGAAAGGGGCUCCUCGCAUUGACUUUGCCCUUAAACACGUGAGCCGUACGUUUCACCCAUCUGCUGGCGGGAGAAGAAACACUGGAAUCCCUCAAACGUUGGUUGUCAUCACAUCUGGCUAUCCCCACUAUGAUGUGGCAGGUGCAGUCAAAACCCUGAAAGACCUUGGAAUUUGUAUCCUGGCUUUGGGCAUAGGAGAUGUUUUUAAGGAACAGCUUCUGCCCAUCACAGGCAAUUCUGAAAAAAUAAUCACUUUUCAAGACUUUAAUAAAUUACAGAAUGUGGAUGUGAAAAAAAGGAUGGUCCGUGAAAUCUGCCAGAGCUGUGGGAAAACCAAUUGCUUUGUGGAUGUGGUGGUCGGGUUUGAUAUUUCGACUCACCAUCAGGGGCAGCCUUUGUUCCAGGGCCACCCUCAUUUGGAAUCAUACCUCCCAAGCAUCUUAGAGGCCAUCACCUCUCUCAGAGGGGUGAGCUGCGGGGCAGGUGCAGAGGCACAGGUGAGCCUAGCCUUUAAGGUGAACAAUGACCAAGAAUCCCUUGCUAAGUUCCAAAUCUAUCAGAAAGCAGUAUUUGACAGCUUGCUGCAAGUCACCGUUGAUGGGCCAUCUCAUCUGAAUGCACAGUUCUUGCAAUCAUUGUGGGACACGUUUGAGGAGACAUCUGCGUCCAGGGGCCAGGUGCUGCUGAUCUUUUCCGAUGGUCUCCAGGGCGAAAGCAUCACAGCGCUGGAAAAUGAGUCGGACAGGCUCAGAGAAGCAGGUAUUGAGUUGAAAACGGAAACAGUGGAGUGUGGAGCAUCUGAGCAAGUCUCUAUCCUAUGUGAGCUAGAUCUUGGGAUCUGGGCAGCCUCUUUCCAAAGGGAGCACGAGGAGAAACUGGACCUCAAGGAGACAGAGGGAUUGCAGGAUGUCCGGGGACACAGGGUCAAAAGGGAAAAGAUGGAGAGAGUGGAUUUGAUGGGCUGGAUGGAGAAGAAGUAA